AUGGGAUGUGGCGACUUUGAUGGGUUCAGCAUAGUCCAGAUCUGCGAGUCUCGAGUUCCAGUUUCUGCCAUUUCUGAGCUUAUUGACCUGAGGGGAGGGGCGGGAGCAAAGGGGGCGGGGAAGGAAGACGGUUUACCUUGCGGGGCGGGCGCGCGGCGCGUGCGAACGGCCGGAGAGGUCCGCGGCGCUCACUUCCUGGCGUUGCCCCUUCCCCCUCCUCGCCGUUACCCUGUACAUCCGGGUCAUUUGCCCUCCCCGCUCGCGGGAGCCGUUGCCGCCCGUUGCCGCCGUUGCCGCCGCCCCCGCCUGGCUCGUCGCGGCUCCGCCACAGGGGCAGGUGCGGAGGGGUUCCCGGUCCGGCCGCCGCCGCCGCCGCUGCCCCGCUCCGGGCCCGGGGCUCCCUCUAGCGCUGCUGAAGAGCUGCCGCCGCGGCUCGAGGAGGGCGGAGGAACGGGGCUGAGAGAGAGCGCCUGGAGGCUCGCGGGGAGGCAUAAGCGCGACAUGCAGACAUGCAGUCCACUGCAGCUGGGGCAUUCCGGUCGUUUAUGGAUGAGGCUCAGGACGGAGGCUGCGUGGCCUGCCCGUGGAGAGUGGAGGAAGGAGUCACGCCUUUAUUUACCACGGAAAGUGGACUUUUUUCCCCGCCACCUUCUGGCCUCACUAGCCUUCCUCGAGAUCUGCGACAGGUCCACGCCGCUCUCCCGUUCACGACGAUGCGCGGAGUUGGCACAGCGCUGCGCGCGCGUGCUCGUGUACCUCUCCGGAAACGGGUUCUCUUCGCGCAGGUGCGCCGCCUCGCUGUCAACCAAACAGUUGUCAGCCGUACUGACGGCACUCCGACAGCGGCGGCUCGGCGCCCUCUCCCGCCGCGGCCCCCUGGCGCCCGGAGCGCGGCCCCUUCUUCUUAGGCGCCAUGGGUCUCGGGGCCCGUAG